UAGAGGACCCGGAAGUAAGUGCUUCGCUUGUUGACGCAGCUGCUGAUUUUGUUUUGGACAGUACCAGCAGAGUCCGCGGUCUGUAGCGGAUUGUAGAGGACUGUAGAGGACUGUAGUGGACUGUAGAGGACUGUAGUCGCUGCCAUGAACGUGACGCUCGCGGUGAAACAGUACAUCUCUAAGAUGGUGGAGAGCAGCGGACCCGGGAUGAAGGUGCUGCUGAUGGACCGAGAGACGACCAGUAUAGUGAGUGUGGUGUACACUCACUCAGAGAUCCUACAGAAGGAGGUUUACCUGUUUGAGAGAAUGGACUCUCAGAACAGAGACAGCAUGAAACACCUGAAGGCCAUCUGCUUCCUCAGACCCACCAAGGAGAACGUGGAGCAUCUGAUCCAGGAGCUGAGGAGACCAAAGUACAGCGUCUACUUCAUCUACUUCAGUAAUGUGAUCAGUAAGAGUGAGAUCAAAGCUCUGGCUGAAGCUGAUGAACAGGAAGUGGUGGCAGAAGUCCAGGAGUUUUAUGGAGAUUUCAUCGCAGUGAAUCCUCACCUGUUCUCUCUGAAUCUUCUGGGCGUGUCCAGGGGGCGGAGCUGGGAGCCGUCCAUGUUGUCUCGUUGUACUCAGGGUUUGACGUCCGUCCUCCUCGCUCUGAAGAAAUGUCCCAUGAUUCGUUACCAGCUGUCAUCAGACAUGUCCAAGCGUCUCGCUGAGAGCGUCAAGCAAAUCAUAACCAAAGAGUACGAGCUGUUUGACUUCAGGAAAACUGAGGUUCCUCCUCUGCUGCUGAUCCUCGACCGCAGUGAUGACGCCAUCACGCCGCUGCUCAACCAGUGGACUUACCAGGCCAUGGUCCAUGAGCUUCUGGGUCUGAACAACAACAGGAUCGAUCUGUCCAGAGUUCCAGGGAUCAGCAAAGACCUGAAAGAGGUCGUCCUGUCUGCCGACAACGACGAGUUCUACGCCAACAACAUGUACCUGAACUUUGGAGAGAUUGGCACCAACAUCAAGAACCUGAUGGAGGAUUUUCAGAAGAAGAGGCCAAAAGGUCAACAGAAGCUGGAGUCCAUCUCUGACAUGAAGGCGUUUGUAGAUAACUACCCUCAGUUUAAGAAAAUGUCGGGAACUGUUUCCAAACACGUGACGGUUGUUGGAGAACUUUCUCGCCUGGUGUCAGAGCGUCAGCUGAUGGAGGUGUCGGAGGCGGAGCAAGAGUUAGCGUGUCAGAACGACCACUCCAGCGCUCAACAGAGUGUUCGGCGUCUGCUGCAGAAUCCUCGUCUGUCAGAGCUGGACGCCGUGCGCCUCGUCAUGCUCUACGCUCUGAGGUACGAGCGCCACAGCAGUAGCAUCCUGCCAUCACUGAUGGACGAGCUGAGCCGCAGGGGCGUGUCUGAACGCCACCGCAAGAUGGUUCAGUCCGUGGUGGAGUACGGAGGGAAAAGAGUCAGAGGAAGUGACCUCAUCACUCCAACAGACGCCGUCGCCAUCACCAAACAGUUCUUUAAAGGACUCAAGGGUGUAGAGAACGUCUACGCUCAGCAUCAGCCGCUGCUUCACGACACUCUGGAUCAGCUGAUCAAAGGUCGACUCAAGGACAGUCAGUUUCCUUAUCUGGGAGCAAGUAGUCUGAGAGACAGACCUCAGGACAUCAUCUUGUUUGUGAUUGGUGGAGCCACGUAUGAAGAAGCUCUGGCUGUUUACAACAUGAACCGCACCACACCUGGAGUCCGCAUCGUCCUGGGAGGAAGUUCCAUCCACAACACCAAGAGUUUCCUGGAGGAAGUGAUGUCGGCGACCACUCACAGCAGUGACAGACCAACAGGAAGUGGUCGCCAUGGCAGCAGACGCUGAACACACACACACACACACAUUUCCAGCUGUUAGUUUUAGUUUGAAGGAGCAGAUGAUCAGAAUAUUAGGAACACCUGUGAAUGCUUUGCUUCAUACAUGAGUAAAUACAAUCAUCCACGACUGCCCUGUGGCUAAUGCUAAGCUAAUGUAGGGUGUGAACUUCAGAGGUGUACCUAAUAAAGUGGUCACUGCUUCAGCAUCUGAAACUGAACAAUUGUCACUUUUCUGUUGUUGUUUAAUGAAAUAAACGUGUGACUGAUGAGCGUCA